AUGGUUCUUCGUCGGAGGACAUCUCGGGCGGCGGCGGUUCAGUCCAAGGCGGCGGCGCUCCUGUCUGCGGCGGCGGCGCUCCUGGCUGGGGCGGCGACGCUCCUGGCUGCGGCGGCGGCGCUCCUGUCUGCGGCGGCGGCGCCCGAGUGUGCGGCGGCGGCGCCCGAGUCUGGGGCGGUGCGGCGGUGCGGUUGCGGCUGGUCUCUGUUCGGGGUUGGGUUGGAGGAAGAAGAAGAAGGGAGGAGGGAGGACAGGUCUGGUGGGUUGGGGGAGGAAGAAGAAGGGUGUGUGGUGUGGGGAGGGGAUAAGGUGGGAGGGGGAUAA